AUGAAGAGUCUCCCGUUGCUAGGAAUUCUGGCGUUUGCUGCGAACAGGCUGAGUGCGAAGCAUAUCUCGCAUCAUUAUGAUGUGCACAUCAUGGGGAACUAUGUGGACAGCCUCAAGAAGGCCAAUCCCCCAAGCGAAAGUAACGAGAUGAUUUCUAAGGCCAGGUAUCUCAAUAAGGUGUACUUCGACAUAUGCGAGCCUGCAUAUAGGGAUGCCGGGGCAAUAAUGACCCAGGAAAGAUUCAAGUACAUUGCACUAGUUCUUAAUUUCCUCUAUGAGUUCUGCAGCGCUAGGGAGUAUGAGCUGGCUGCUGUAACUGCCACAGUGCUACACAACACAUCCUACCUGAGGAUCUUCGAGGCACCCGGAUCCGAUAAGUAUAAGCCUAGGGGAAUAUUCCAGAUAUGCACCAAAAAAAACUAUGCAAUUCUCGAAAGCAUAGCUUUUUUCUAUCACGACUAUGUUGAGAACCCCGAAAGGGUUGGAACCUUUUCCAUACAUGUUCUUGUGGACAUCACAUGCUUCUGGCUCCACAUGUCCUUUGCCAAGAAAAGAAGGAUCGACAUCUACGACGUCCUCAGCAUCUGCAAUCCUUCGGAAUACGAGAUUCUGCGGAACAAGUCGAAGUACUCCCGCGAGGAGGUUAAGAAGGCUGAAGAGAGAUUCGCAAAUCGAGACGAGAUCUACCAGAAGAUGCUUUCUAUAAUAUACAUAAAUUAUUAUAGGGAAUGA